AUCCUUCUUCUUCUUGCUUUCGCAUCUCAUCUCAUCACACAGACAAAUAAAACGUCAAUCAAUGCACGGUGGGGUCAAACUGCAGAACCCCACCAUCAAUGGCGACUUGGGCUCCUUAAAAGCUAUACCGCCUUGCUGCCUCAAUCUUCCGUAGCAGUCCGUGUACAGCCGAUCAUCUCAUCUCAUCUCAUCUCCUCAAUCCUCCAUCUCCCAAUUCCUCUCGCCAUGUCAGCCGCCACAGCUCCGGGCGAUGCUCCCUUAGAUGCUGCCUCCGGGCAAGCGGCGCCUCCAGCCGGGCGUCCCAGAGCCGGAUCUAUGCGCCGGCCGCUGCAGCCCCUGGAUCUCCCCAUUAUCAAGCACCUCAAUUCAAAUAGAGUAAUUCUAGCAUCCGCCUCCCCGCGGAGGAAACAGCUUCUGCAGCAGAUGGGCCUCGCCAAUUUGGAGAUUACUCCGUCAACCAAGCCUGAGGACCUGGACAAGAAGGCGUACGGCCCCUGGGAAUACGUCUCAACUACCGCUCGUAAUAAGUGUCUCGACGUUUACGUCAAGACUUUGGAGACGCACCUUGCGUCUAUCCCUGAUCCUGCUCUAGUCAUUGCCGCAGACACCAUUAUUGUCACUCGUGAUGGGCGCAUUCUAGAGAAGCCUCGGAGCGAAGCAGAGCACGUGCGAAUGCUCAAGCACCUGCGCGAUACACGCAUGCACAGAGUGUUGACUUCAGUCUCUGUACUAGCCCCCCGAGAAGACGCAAGAGCUCCGGGCUACGACAUCCAAAGCCACACCGAGGAGACCAAGGUGUACUUUUGGGAGGAGGGCAACGGGCUACCGGACGACGUCAUUGAGGCCUAUGUCAAAACUCGGGAGGGCGUUGACAAGGCUGGUGGAUACGGAAUCCAAGGCAUUGCGGGAAUGCUGUUGGUGGAAAAGAUUGAAGGGAGCGUGGACAAUGUAAUUGGACUGCCUGUAAAGAAGACGUUGACAUUAGCGGAAAAGGUCAUCUUCCAGCAGGACCGGGAUGACUAUGAUGACGAGGGUUCGGCUUCAGAAUGAUGAGUUUAGCGGGUUGAUAUGAGAUUGAGAUGGCUCCAGGCGUUGCUCGGAUGAACCAUAAACAUCACAUACUUGUAUUUUGUGUGACAAUACGCCCCAACUUGAUGAAAAACGAGUCUAUCUGUAGCGUUGAUAGAGCUACAUGGGCAUCAGACAAUGAUGACGUGCCUCAAAAUUGGCGAUAACUCAAUCGGUAUAUCCCAAUUGCAACGAGAACUAGAUGCAAAAGAGGC